AUGAUUAGCUUGAAACAAGGCUAUAAGAGAAAUCGCCCUCGUCAGGGCGAAUCACAAGGUCUUCAGAUCCUCCAGUGGAAUGUUGGAGGGAUGUCACAGGACAAAGAGAUCCAAGUCCAGAAAAUCCUGCAAUCCUAUGAUGUAGACGUUUUCACAAUUAAGGAAGCAAACAUUUCGGAUGACAAACUGAAGUUCUACCAAUUCCCAGGUUACACCCUGUACAAUCUACCUCAAACGGCGAGUUGCAAGUGGAAUUCUAACUGGAGUAAAAGAAGGAAUUUGCAAGUGGAAUUCUGA